GCAUGCUUACUCCUCCUUUCUCUUCUUCUUUCUCUCCUUUUAUCGAGCCAAAUUAUCUUCAUUCACAUCCAAAUCAAAAGCAUUAAAAUCAUGAGUCUUUUGGCAAUUCCAACUUUGUAGAGUUAUAGUUAAAAUUUUGCCAUUGAUCCCCCCAAAAAAAGAUCCCUAAAAAAUUCAUUUUAAUCCAAACCCCGAGAUCCUCCGUUUUCUCCCCUGUUUUCCUCUGUUUUUUCCCACCUUGUUAUUGCGGAUAAGAAAAUGUCGCCAGGCGUCUGUCAAGGGUUGCAAUCAUGCCUCGAGCCAAGGGUCAAUGAACCACGUGUUUCGUGGCUCAAAUCGGCAACAUUGAAACCCACUUUCUCUGCCUCCAUAGACGCUUCCCCUACGGCCACCGGUGACCAAAGCAACAAAGCAUUCGACACCACUGUCAUUGCCGCCGGCAAUGUUCAUCACACAAAAAACACCCAGAAUGCUGACACGGGUGGGUGGAGUUUCCUGCAGUCCCUCGCUAACACCACCAAAGAUUCCACCAUGAGCAACACUGUCUAUGUCCAUCCCACGGUGAAGCGCUCCGCCUCCAUGCUCAGCAAGAAGAGCCUGGAAAUGUGCACUGAGAGCUUGGGGAGCGAAAGCGGGAGUAACGUUAGCGAAAUUAGCGAUGAAAUUUCCCUGCUUUCUCUGGAAACUGCAACUAGUAAUCCAUCAAAACCGCGCCAAAAUUCAAAAUGGAUGCACCGGAGGAGCAGUUUUCCACCUCCCCUAACAUCCAUUAGCAGUUCUGGCGGUGUUCAGAUGAGGUCUUACCGCGAAGGUGGUAGGUUUGUUCUCCAAGCAGUUCCUCUGCCUCCUCCUUACUUCCACGCAGAACGCAGUGAGGGGAGGCUCCGGCUUUGCCUGUUCAAGGAUUCUCCAGUCACCGAAAAUGACGAAGAAGAGGAAGUCAUUGGAGAAGAAGAAGAAGAGGAGGAGGAGGAGGAGGAGGAGGAGGUGGAGGUGGAGGUGGAGGUGGAGGUGGAAGCGGAGGAGGAGGAGGAGGGCCAUCGGGGAGAGGAUACAGAGGAAAAUAAUGGGAAUGGUGGGGAUGAAAUUGGGAUGGGAAAGUUUCCAAGGCCAGGCAGGUGCAAGGAAGGUGCGGCGUGGUCACAGACAUAUGCUGAAUUGGGAGCCAUUUUGUGUGGCUACUUAAAAUAAAAAUGAAGAAAUAUAAUUUCAAUUAUGGGCUCUUCUCUCUUUUUUUCUUUUUUCUUUUUUUAAAUUUCCCAACUUGUUUUUCCCAUGCUCUAAUAUAUUUUCAGUUUUUAUAGUUUAACUGUUUGAAGCUUCUGUAGCCUCGGCUUCCGCAAAAUAUGCUAAUGGUAGUUAGUUAUUAUGGUUAUGAGACAAAGAUUCUCUUUCUUCUACUUCACUCUUUUUCUUGUGCAUGAGAAAGGAACAAUAAUAGGCUUCCCUUCUU